GUGUAUACGAUGGCCUGUUAUAUUUUGACUGCGCAUUUCCCAGCCUUGUUUUCAAAUACCUACCUCGGUAUGUAUCCAACUUCAUAAUCUUGACAACGAAUACACUUCCUACUCUCCUUGAUACUAGACAAGAUGCCCUCCCUAGGAAGGACAGAAGUAAACCUAUGGGAAAUCCACGAAACUCAAACUCGACCGACUGAGAAAAGACUGUUACCUGGGCCAGUGAUCUAUGUAAUUGUAUUUGUCGCUAGAGCCCGUUUCCGCCAGAAAUCGAGGAAAAGUCUCGCAUCUCGCACGUGGACCGGAUUGAGCAUAUUUUUCGUCGUCGCUCUCUUCGGACUGCUUUCUUUCCGGGUUCAUGUCGAAAUAAGCGCUUCAAUUUUUCUCUUCCCACUCCUGUUAUUUCUCACAUUUUGGCCUAGACAAAGCGACAACACCACCAUCAUACAGGGAGAUAACAAUAUCAUCCACCAACAAAUCCUAAUCAAUUCCAUCGCAUUUGACCCUACAUUCUCUCGCCGAAUCAAGGUUCGAUUCAAACAGAAAAACGAAUGAUCGGGGCUUAAGGUGAUUUCAAGCCGAAAAUGCAUUUCAUCCUUUGGAAACAAGGGUUAUACCUAAGGAGUCGCUGCGAAUACCAAUCUA